CACUUCUCCUUAUCUCCGGCUGGUAGUCGCAUGAAGAAUCGUCACCAUGUACGCUUCACCACUCUGCGCUACAAUGCUCUCUUCAACUUCUUCAACCUCAUUCUCCCGCAAUCACCUUGUCGCUCAGCAUAACGAGCCAUCUCAUAAUCCCCCUUCAUACACUCCAUAAACCGUCCACACACCUCUAUCCCACGCUAUACAACGCUAUAUACACAAACAUGGCCUCAAAACCCCCUCAAACUCAACACACAAGCCCCCUCUACACCCUCCCAAACGAACUCCUCCUCGCAAUCCUCUCCACCUUCCGCACACCCACCCUCCUCCCCUGGACACUCACAUCCCGCCGCUUCGCCUCCCUAAUCUGCCGCCUCAUCCGCACACGCAUGCACACCCUCUGCACCAGCAAAGCCCACACUCUCCUCCUCGAACUCUACCCUCCUUCAGGCAAAUACUCCGAGCCACACCUCUACUGCACACCCCUCGGCACCCCCGGCCUCGACGACACACUCUGGCUCCCCGACGUCGCCUAUCCAGACACCCACGAGCGCCCCUUCGCAUCCCAAUUACACGCAAUGCGGCACCUCUACACCUCCUUUGUGCCUAGGCGCGAGAUGUCUGAUUCCUCACAGCCGAAACCACGGCAUCCGGCAGGCGACGUACCGGGCUCGCGCACGCAUCCCGCGACGGCGGAUAAGCCGCAGCGAUACGCUGCCACCGAGGCCGAGAUGCAGGAGACGGUGCGCAAGGUUCUCCAUCUGGAUAGCCAUGAGCUGUUCACGCAGCUGUGCGCGAGCAUUCAGUUGAUCCAGCUCGGGCCGCGGAAAGGAGUGUAUACGUCGUGCGUGCUUGUCGAGGAAGGCUUCACGCGGCUGUUCAGGCGCUGGCUGGGCGAGAGAUGCGUGCGUGGACGGGGAGUCACAGAGGUCGAGCCGCGAGCUCUGCACACACUUGAUGUGUCUGGAGAUCCGGAUAUUACAUGGUUGGGUCUGAACAAGACUAUUGGAUUCCGGUUUGGUGUGGCUGAGAAGGAUAUUUGGCGGGAGCCGCGCGUUGUGUUACUACCGGGGGAAGACCCGCCUGUGAGCUAUGAAGUCGAGUACCGAGAAUUGCUAGUACAAACGAGCAAAUUACUGCUUAAGUUUGAGCAAAGCUUUAUGCAGUCAGAGAAUAACACGAACAAGGCGGUUGUAUUUGGACAGUUUGAGGCGUCAAACAGUUAACAUCCGAAAUUGAUGUUUCUAUUCACGAACUCGUCUGACCCAGUUCGAAUCUUGC